GACGUCACGCUCCCCGCUAGGAGCGCGUUCGCUUUUGACAACACGAACUUUCUGCGCUUUCGUCCUUUUGCCGAAGAACAAACUGAACUUUUUCCCAAAGUUCAGUUUGUUUUCGUCCAUGAGUUCAGCGUCUCAUCCUCCAAACUACCGCCGACCAACCCCCUCUUCUCCCGGGGGACGGAGAGGGAGACCCGAGCCGAGCCGAGCCGAGCCGAGCGAACCCGGUCCGCGAGUGUAAUGAGAACAUGAAGCCGUCCGUGUGGAUGUUGCUGUUUCUAGUGCGGAGCCGCGGAGGGAUCUGUGGAAGUGGCGUAGCGUUCACCAAGCAGCCGGCCAAUCAGACGGUGUCUCAGGGCAACGCGGCCAGGCUCGGCUGUGCCGUCCUGGGUCUCACGGAACCGGACAUCAUGUGGAUGAAGGACGGAGAGAAGCUCUACAGCACCGACCAGAUGUUCCUCACGCUGGGAGAGCAGCACUGGGAGACCUACCACAGUGUGAAGUCAGUCCAGCAGCAGGAUGCGGGUCAGUACUGGUGCGAGGUGGAGUUCCAUGACAUGACCUUCUCCUCUGAGCGAGCCUGGAUCACGGUGGAAGGUGUCCCUCACUUCCUCCAGGAGCCCCAGGACGUCUCCACGCUCCCCAACGUGUCCUUCAACCUCACCUGUGCUGCAGUCGGCCCCCCCGAGCCUGUGGAGGUGCUGUGGUGGCUGGGGGGGGUCCAGGAGGGGGGGCCCCAACCGUCGCCCUCCGUCCUCCACGUUCAAGGAGUGAACAGCAGUGUGAAGUUUUACUGUGAAGCAAAGAACACCAGAGGGAUCUCUGUGUCUCGAACAGGAAGUGUUCACAUCAAAGUUCUGCCGGCGGUGCCGGUCAGGCUGCAGGUGAGGAUGGUGGACAACAACGUCACAUUGUCAUGGAAACCGGGAUUCUCAGGUUACUCUGAGGUGUCCACCUGCAUUGUCCAGCUGUCGAGGCGUGCGGCCCAAAGGUGGGACCUCCCUCAGCAGGAGGUGCAGGUUCCUCCUCACCUUCAGGUGCUCUCUGGUCUGAGGAGUCACUCAAACUACAGCGCCAGAGUGUCCUGUGUCAACGAGGUGGGGGCGUCGCCCUUCUGCCCGUGGCUGCACUUCAUCACACCUGAGUCAGCGCCCUCCUCGGCCCCCAGGAACUUCUCCUUCCAGCUGUCCGAGCAGCACCUGGCUCUGAACUGGGCCGGGCUGCAGGAGGAGGAGCUUCAGGGCCGACUGUUGGCCUACAAGGUGCAGUGGACUGUGGGAGGAGAAGCACAGGAGCCGCUGCUCUUCAAGGAGAACCGGGCUCAGCUCUCAGGAGGAGGACGCUUCUUCAACGCCUCCUUCCAGGUGUCGGCCUGCACGGCGGCGGGCUGCGGGCCCUGGAGCGCUCCGGUUCUGGUGCUGCCCCCCGUCACGGCCCGGGACCAGCGCAGCCACAUGUGGGUCGGGCUGCUUCUGGGCCUGCUGGUUGCCACCGUGGUCGGGCUGCUGCUCGCCGCCGCCGCACGCCGCCGCAACAAAGAGACGCAAUUUGGGUCGGCCUUCAAGCCUCCGGGUCCAGAGAGCUCGGUCUCCUUCACGGCGGCUCGGACCUUCAGCAGGACCAGUGCGGAGCAGCAGGAGUCCACCUUGGACAGUCUGGGUAUAAACGAGGACCUGAAGAACAAACUUCAGGACGUUCUGAUCUCAGAGAGACUUCUCACACUGGGACACAUGCUGGGGAAAGGUGAGUUUGGCUCAGUGCGAGAGGCCUUCCUGAAGAAGGAGGACUCGUCCGUCCUGAAGGUGGCCGUCAAAGUGCUGAAAUCUGACAUCACCUCGUCAAGUGACAUUGAGCAGUGUCUGAAGGAGGCGGCCUACAUGAAGGAUUUCCACCAUCCCAACGUCAUCCAGCUCCUCGGCGUGAGUCUCCAGCGGCGCCCCGGAUGGCGGCUGCCCGUCCCGAUGGUGGUUCUCCCCUUCAUGAAGCACGGGGACCUGCACACCUUCCUGCUGCUGUCCCGCCUGGGGGACGCUCCCUUUAGCUUGUCUCUGCAGACCCUGCUGCGCUUCAUGUUGGACAUCGCCAGAGGGAUGGACUACUUGAGCCGUCGGAGCAUCAUCCACCGAGACCUCGCCGCAAGAAACUGCAUGCUCAAUGAGGACAUGGUGGUGUGUGUAGCAGACUUCGGCCUCUCUAAGAAGAUCUACAGUGGAGAUUAUUACAGACAAGGUUCUGUUUCUAAACUUCCUGUGAAGUGGAUCGCUCUGGAGAGUCUUGCUGACAACGUGUACACAACGCAGAGCGACGUGUGGGCGUUCGGGGUCACCAUGUGGGAGGUCCUGACUCGAGGUCAGACUCCGUAUCCUGGAGUGGAGAACUCUGAGGUCUACGAGUUCCUGAUCAGAGGAGAACGACUGAAGAGACCUUCAGACUGCAGAGAGGACAUCUAUGAGGUCAUGCACAGCUGCUGGAGUCCGGUCCCUAAAUGCCGUCCCAGCUUCCAGCAUCUGGUGAGUCAGCUGGAGGCGCUGUGUCUCGGUCUGAGCCCCGCCCCCCCGCUCAAGGAUCCCCUGCUCUACGUCAACCUGGAGGAAGGGGGCGAGGACGAAGCGAGGGGGCCAGAGGUGGGGGGGGGCGGAGCCCCAAGCUGGAGUGUUCCCUGGCAGCGGCGGGCAGAGAGCGAGGAGAAGGACUGGCUGAUGGUGGGGUCAGAGGUCGCGCUGGCCAUCGGAGGAGACUACAGGUACAUCAUUGGCCGCUGUGGAGCCCCAGAGGAGGAGCCAAUGGACGCUCUCCAUGUCAGAGACGACGAUGAUGUCAUUAAUGUCUGACCAAUUAGCAGUCCUCCGCUCACCUGAAGGACCUAAGAGACGCUCACUUUAUGGCACCGAGCAGCAGCAGGCGGGUGGAGACACACAAUCGGUACUUCUAAAAUACUGCUACUCUGUGUACUGGUAGUAUUCUCUGCUAGUACGUAUUGUGUACUGUUAAUACUUACCGUGUACUAGUAGUACUCACCGUGUACAGGUAAUGUUUUUGUCUCGCUGAGGGGACAGACUAAACUGACUUAGAGGACCUGAUCCUCAGUCUUCAUCACAAGUCAGCUAGCGUUAGCCUCGUGCUAACCACCACGGAGAUCCCUCUGAGAUCAAUGACUGUGACAGAAAUGACUUGCAAGUGAAGAUGUCACUUUAACUAAAAACGUAACUUUUAUUCAAUCUAAUUUCACUAAAUCUAAUUUUAUUAUAUUUUCUUGAUCAAAUAUUCUCAGCAGUUUUAUAAUGUUUAUGUGCAAUAUCUGUCACAUUCCGUUUUUAUUGAUGUUACAUUUAAUAAAAUACAGAAUGAUGGGGGGGUUAAAAAUGAACGUUUGAUUACUUGAAGGUUUCAUGGGAGCUGCAGACUAAAACUAACCAAUAAGUCUUAUUGACCCAAUAAAGGGAGCGUGUGUUUUAUAUGGAUUCACUGGAGUACUACUGAUCUGUUAAUAAAGUGUUAUUGUGUCA